UGGUGCUAACAGUUAGCCGUUAGCUCCCUCCGUCAUGGCGGACCUGAACCGACAGCUCCAGGAGUACCUGACUCAGUCCAAAGGCGGCGGCGGAGCGAAGACCAUCUCCAGCACCACGGUGGACUUUGCCGACCCGGAGCCGGUUCCCGGGAGCUGGUUCGGGCGGUGGUCCAGCCCACGGUCCGGACAGACCUCAACUUCAAACAGCGGCUUCUCCUGGCCGUGGUCAGCCGAGCCGGACCCGUGUCUGCCGGGCAUGAGCCGGCGGCAGCGGCUGGUGGGGUUCGGGGUGUGCGCGUCGUUCUCUGCGCUGUGCUUCGGGCUGUCCGCGCUGUACGCGCCGCUGCUGCUGAUCUACGCCCGGAAGUUCGCCCUGCUCUGGUCGCUCGGUUCGCUGUUCGCCAUCGCGGCCGCGGCGGUGCUGCGCGGCCCGAGCAAGCUCGUCGCCGGCCUCCCCACCUCCCCCGCGGCCGCCGUGUACCUGUGCGCCCUCGGAGGGACUCUGUACGCGGCGCUGAGCCUCCACAGCACCGUGCUGACCGCGCUAGGCGCUGCCCUGCAGGUGGCGGUCAUCGUCGGGUACGUAGUGUCGCUUCUGCCCGGAGGCAGCGCCGGGAUCCGCUUCAUGGGGGGCAUGGCGGCCUCCGCCAUCAAAAGGACCGUGACCGGGAAAACCAUUCCCAUCUGACCGGAGAAUGAGCGCCAGGGCCGGGGCGGAGUUAGCGCUUUUCCCCGGACCAGAAAGGACCAAGAUAUCAGUACAUUCCUCCAGGAAGCAGACUGUCAGCUGAUCGCUGAUCAGCUGCUGGUGAGCAGGUGUGAAGCAAACACCGGACACGUGCUGCUGAUUGGUCAGAUCCGGUCACAUGACUGAUGAUUGAUCUGAUUGUUUCGUAUUAAAAUGUAAUUAAAAACUAA